UAAAUUUUCAGUUGUCAUUCAGCAGAUGUUAGAUUGCUGGAUCAGAACCAGAAACAGGUAUUGCCAUCAGCAGUAAGUAACAAAACCGUAUCCAAAUCUACAAGUGGAAAGGCAACACUUAGUAGCCCAGAAUCAUGUAUAUCAAAUGGUUCUAUUGCUGCUCAAGAUCCCAACAAUCGAUCGUUGUUGGACACUGAUGGAGCUUCAACAGAUGCUCAUUCAACACGCUAUCAAGCACAGCCAUGCAAUGGUCCAUAAUAAUGCCAAGGAAACAGAAGGUUGCCAGAUAAGUGAUUGUGGUAGCGCAAACAGCAUUGUUGAGGAUGGUGGUGAUGAGCUGAAAAUGGGACAAAUUGAACAGAACUCGGGUUCCAAGGGUGCUGCAUAUGAUGCUAGCUACAACAAAAUGGAUGUACAUCGAAUUAGAGAGAGAUUAAAGAAGAGGAGAUUGGACAGGGGAACAGAAAAGAAGUCAGACAUAGGCUGAUUUAGAAGUAGGCAAUGAGGCUUGGAUAGAGAAAGAGCUUGAAAGUGGAGUAGAGAAGUUAUCUGCCUCUCCGGAGAAGCGAAAAAGGGCUGAUGCAAAAGACGCUUUCCACUUGCUGAGCAGGAAACAUAACCAGGAUAGAAGGUUUCAAAAUGAAUUUGUGAACUCUACUGUCUGAAGUGUUAAGAAACCUUCAGUUGGAAGGUUUGAUUUCAUCUACUUCGAUUCGUAAGUACUUUAACUGAGUUAUGCAUUUCUGCUUUAUAAUGACGUCCAAGCCAAGGUUCUAAUUCUGAUUAUCCAUAAUCUUGCUAUUCAGAUAAAGCCAUGUAUGUAGUCCAAAUGUUGAUGUAUAUAUGCAAAAAAAAAAAAAAAAAAAAAUUUAUGCUGUUGUAGUGGUUUCUGUAAGGUAGUUUUUUCUGUGCAAUGUAAUAUUAUUUUUU